UAUAUUUGGGAGCCUCUUUUCUGACAUUAAAUCCAUUGAAGGAUGGGAGUCAAAGCUGGAGCAAUUAAAACGGGAUCAAAAUGAAGAAGUCCAUGUUAGGUUAAAAAUAAGCUAUGACAGCCUUGAUACUAAAAAACAGCGGAUAUUCUUGGACAUAGCAUGUUUUCUUAUUGGUUGACAGGAUUGGGAGCAAGCUUACCCAGGGGAGUUGGAGAGAUGGGAAGCGAGGAAAGAAAAGAAAGAAUACGCAAUGCUCAUGUGGGAAGGUUCCAGACUUUACCCAACUGAUGCAAUUGAAGAGUUGCAGCGUAAAUUUCUAAUCAGCAUAAAUGAUGAGCAUGGCACCUUUGAAAUGCAUGAUCAAAUACUAGACAUGGGAAGAAAUAUUGUCAAGCAGGAGCCGGUGGCAACCAGGUUUUGGAAAAAUAACGAAACAUCGCAAAUGCUUCAACGAACAAAGGGAACAGAGAAGGUUGAAGCCAUAACUUUCCACCGUCACGACGGGCAACAUAAUAUUCCACCUUUGAACAAGAUAUCUUUUAGAAACAUGGAUGAGCUGAGAAUACUUGAUACAAGCUGCGUCAGGAUGGAGGGCUCGUAUCAGGAUCUACCCAAAUCGUUGAAGUUCCUGAGGUGGUGGCAGUGUCCAUUGAAAUCAUUGCCGAUCAUCGACUUCGAUGUUAUGAACAUUGUAGUGGUCGACCUGACAAAGAGCAUCAUAGAGGAGUUUCUAGGUCCAAGUGUGACUAACACGUGGUUUUUUCGUUACCUCCACCCCCAAGAGGUGAACUACUCGCGGACGUUCAGCCAAUUGAAAGUGCUUAUUCUCAAGAAUUGCAAGAACCUCAAGAGCUCCCCCGAUUUUAGGCUGAUUCCAAACGCAACCAAAUUGGUAUUUGAAGGGUGCACCAACUUGGGUCGAGUCCACGAAUCGAUCGGCGAUCUCCAAAGGUUGGUGCGCUUGAACUUGGGAAACUGUCGUUCUCUAAAGAAAACACCUGAAAGCAUCUGUCGCCUAAGUUCUUUGGAGAAGCUCGUCCUGAGCGGGUGUUGGUCACUACAGGAACUACCAGAAGAGAUUGGCAGGUUGACGUCUUUAAAGGUGCCAAAAAUUAGGCCCAGGGGAUAUGCAAAGACUUCCGGAGUCUGUUGGCCUGUUGACAAACCUGCAGGAGUUGGAAGCCAUCCUUUGCGAUUUGAAGACAAUCCCAGACAUUUCAAAUUUGCAAGCCCUGUGAUGUUUAAGUCUGAGCGGAUGCUUCCAGCUGAUGGAUGUUCCUGGCCUUAGCAAACUGAGACGCCUAUAGUCCCUAUUUCUCGACGGCUGUCGAGCACUAAGGGACAUGAAUGACACGAUGAAGGUAACUUCUUUAGUAUCGUUUUCAUAUCCUUCUUGCUGGCCUGCAUUCUGUUUUAUCGACCAGAAUAAAGUAGAGUAAAAAGUAAUAUUCUUUUUUUUUUCUCUGGGGUCGUCUUAUUAAUACCUUGGCUUGGACUGCUUUGUUGGUCGGUUCGCUUCGAUUCUGUACAUGUACAUUGGCUGAUUAGCAGUGGCGGAGCCAGAACAAUUUGGCUGGCGGGGGGCACUUAUUUAAAAUACUCAAAGCUAGAGGGGGACUUAACUUAUUAAAAAUACUCAAAGCUAGUGGGGGACUUAUAUAUAUAUAUAUAUAUAUAUGGAUAAAUAUUUAAGAUUCUUACUUAAAAAUAAAGAAUUUUUAAGAGACUGACACAUCUUCUAACUUAAAUAUCUUAUUGGGAGGAAGAAAAAAAAUAAAAAACGGCAUAGUCCGGACAAGGCCUAAAAAGCCUAAAUCGAACAGCUAAAACGCUAAGCAUGACCAAUAAGUGUUGGCCUUUUAUUUGGCUUGUAUAACCUGAUUUACAAAUUUAUUUUCACAUUAAUACUAUUGAAUAUUAGAAAAGUGAUUUUAAUUAAUUGAAAAUGCAAAUUUAGAAAAUCAGCUUAAAUGUUUUACGAAUAAUCUCCUGCAGGUCUCGUGGCUCACUUUUACAAGCCUAGCCAGAACAAGCAAAGUCCGGAGACUGGUUUGGUACCAGCCCUGAUAGAGUGUAAGACAUCAUCUACGACAAGGAAUCCGAAUCUCACAAAAAUUUUGUACAUGAAAAGAUAAUUUUCCAAUGUGGGUAAGACAAAAUAUGUCAUGCAUUUCUUCUAAGUAGGCCACAUGGUAAAGAUGUGCGAGACAAUUAAAAAUUUUAAAAUAUUCAAGACAAUUCUUGAUAAUUUUCUAAUGUGGUUAAGACAAAUAAAUUAUAGACGGCAUGCAUGCUUCUAAUAGGCCACACGGUGAAGAUGUGCGAGACCAUUUAGGAAAAUUCUUAGACGUCUCCGAACGUGGCCUUCUUGUCUCACCUUUUUCUUUUUUAAUUUAAACUCAUGAUUUAUUAAAUGAGGCACGAAACAAAUGUUUUUCGUAUACCACCACUCCGUUAAACUUAUCAUGGAUAAUUUCUCCCUUGCAAUCAUGUAAAAAGCCAGAGUUAUGGUGGUCUGCACGUGGGCUAUCUUGGGCUGGCGUGGGCAGGUGCCCACACAUGCCCCACGCUGGCUCCGCCAUUGGUGAU